AUGAGACAAAAUAAAAGGCCAUGGCCUUUUAAUAUGGAUUUUACAGAAUUGCCUCUGAGGUGGCCUUCUAUUUAGGGUGCCCUUCUAAUAUAGGGUGGCCUUCUAUUUUGGGGGGGGGUUUAUCACCAAACCAUCCAUCACUAGCAAAUAUAUAUAUAAAUAUUGGCUUAGUUUACAAAGACAAAGGACAGUACGAUGACGCAUUGUUAUAUUACUUAAAAGGACUAGAAAUUCAACUCAAAUCAUUACCACCACUUCAUCCAUCAUUGGCAACUGCAUAUGAUAGUAUUGGACUCGUCUACUUUUAUAAAGGUGAAUACGAUAAUGCCUUACAAUACUAUGAAAAAGGAACUGAAAUUCAACUGAAAUCUUUACCACCAUUUCAUCCAUCAUUAGCAAUCAUCUAUAAUAAUACUGGAUUACUUUACGCAAUUAAAGGGGAACAUGACAAAGCAUUAGAAUACUAUAAAAAAGCAACAGAAAUUCAACUAAGGUCUUUACCACCUAAUCAUCCAUCAUUAGCAACUACAUAUGUUAACAUUGGAUUAGUUUACACUCAUAAAGCAAAAUAUGAGCAAGCCCUAGAAUAUUUUGAAAAAGGACUAGAGAUUCAAAUGAAGGCGUUACCAACAUCGCAUCCAUCAUUCGCAUGUACAUAUAAUAAUAUUGGAAUAGUUUAUAACGAUAAAGGUGAAUACGUUAAAGCAUUAGAAUAUUUCGAAAAAGAACUGAAAACUGAGCUGAACUCAUUACCAAAAUUGCAUCCAUCAAUAGCAACUACGUAUACUAACAUUGGAUCAAUUUACAAUCAAAACGGUCAUUACGAUAAAGCAUUAGAAUACUGUAAAAAAGGACUAGAAAUUCAACUGAAAUCAUUAUCAUCACAUCAUCCAUCAUUAGCAACCACCUAUGGCAAUAUGGGCCUAAUUCACAGUCACAGAGGUGAAUACGAUAAGACUUUAGAAUAUUAUGAAAAAGAACUGGAAAUUCAACUAACAACACUAAAAGGAAAUCAUCCGUCAUUAGCAAAUACAUAUAAUAACAUUGGCUCAGUUUAUUACGACAAAGCUGAAUACGAUAAGGCACUAGAAUAUUACAAAAAAGGACUGGAGAUAGAAGAGAAGUCGUUACCAUCAGAUCACCCAUCAUUAGCAACCACGUAUAACAAUAUUGCAUUAACUUACAAUCACAAAGCUAAGUACAGUAAAGCAUUAGAAUAUUCUCAGAAAGGCCUUAGUAUUGAGUUGAAGUCGUUACCAUCGCAUCAUCCGUCAUUAGCAAUUACGUAUGCUACUAUUGGAUCAAUUUAUAGUGAAAUAGGUGAAUACAACAAAGCAUUGGAAUGUAGCGAAAAAGGACUAGAAAUUCAAUUGAAGUCAUUAUCACCGGACCAUCCAACCCUAGGAACUAUAUAUUGUAAUAUGGGAACCCUAUACCAUAAACAAGGUGAGUAUGAUCAUGCGUUAGAAUAUGAAAAAAAGGGACAAGAAAUUCUAUUAAAGUCAUUAUCAGAACUUCAUCCAUCGUUCGCAACGACCUGCAUUAAUAUUGGAUUAAUUUACAAAGACAAAGGUGAAUAUGACAAAGCAUUAGAAUAUACUGAGAAAGGACUGAAUAUUCAGUUGAAGUCACUAACAAUAAGCCAUCUAUCGCUGGCAACCGCAUAUGUAGCUGUUGGGUCAGUCUAUAAUGCGAAAGCAGAAUAUAAUAAUGCAUUAGAAUAUUAUAAAAAAGCAGAGGAAAUACAAUUAAAGCUGUUGGGAUCAAACCAUCAAUCCUUAGCAAAUACUUAUAAUAACAUUGGAUUACUUUACAAUGGCAAAGGUGAGUACCAUAAGGCAUUACAAUAUUAUGAAAAAGGACUGGAAAUUGAGCAGAAGUUGCUACCAUCGCAUCAUCCAUCAUUGGCAACUACAUAUUGUAAUAUUGGGCUGGUUUGUUACGGAGAUGGUGAAUAUGACAAGGCGCUAGAACACUAUGAAAAAGGACUAGAAGUUUUUUUAAAUUCACUUUCUCCGUUACAUCCGUCAUUGGCAACCACAUAUAUUAAUAUAGGAUCAGUUUACAAAGAAAAAGGUGAAUACCAUAAGGCAUUACAAUAUUAUGAAAAAGGACUGUUUAUUCAACUAAAGUCGUUAUCAUCACAUCAUCCAUCAUUAGGAACUACAUAUAGUCAUAUCGGAUUAGUGUAUAAUCACAGAGCUGAAUACAAUAAAGCACUACAAUAUUGCGAGAAAGGAGUAGAAAUUCUGUUGCAAUCGUUACACCCAGAUCAUUCAUCACUAGGUGCUGUGUAUGGUAAUAUUGGAUUAGUUCACAAUGCUAGAGGUGAAUAUGAUAAGGCACUGGAAUAUUAUGAAAAAAGUGUGAAAAUUUUCCUGAAAUCAUUACCAUCACACUAUACAACGUUAGGGGCAGCAUACAAUAGUAUUGGCUUAGUGCAUAAGAACAAGGGUGAAUACGAUAAAGCGUUGGAGUGGUAUGAAAAAGGUCUCGGAAUUCUAGUACAAUCGUUACCAUCACUUCAUCCAACGUUAGCAACUGCAUACAAUGAUAUUGGAUCUGUUUACAAUAGUAAAGGUGAAUACGAUAAGGCACUGGAAUAUUUUGAAAGAGGUUUGGAAAUUGAACUGAAAUCCUUGCGAUCAAACCACUCAUCGUUAGCGACUUUAUAUGGUAAUAUUGGAUCAGUUUACACUGAAAAAGGUGAAUAUAACAUAGCAUUCGAAUUUUAUGAAAAAGGACGCGAAAUUGAACUGAAGUUGUUAGGACCAUUGCAUCCGUCAUUAGGAACUACCUAUGCUAACAUGGGAGUACUUUGUAAAGAAAAAGGUGACUACGAUGAAUCAGUGAAAUAUUUUGAAAAAGGAUUGACAAUUUUUUUGAAUUCGUUGCCACCAGAUCAUCCAUCGUUGGGAGUUAUAUAUACUAACAUUGGAUUAGUUUACGAACACAAAGGUGAAUACGAUAAGGCAUUAGAGUAUUUUGAAAAAGGUGUGGAUAUUAAGGUGAAGACGUUACCACCACAUCAUGCAUCAUUAGGUAAUACAUAUAAAAAUAUUGCAUUAAUCUACCUAAAGAAAGACGAAUACGAUAAAGGAUUAGAGUUUUUUGAAAAGGAAUUGAAUAUUGAAAUGAACUCGUUGCCACGAUAUCAUCCAACUUUAGCCACUACAUAUAGCAAUAUUGGAUCAAUUUACAAAGAGAAAGGUGAAUAUGAUAAAGCAUUAGAAUAUUUUGAAAGAGAACUAGAAGUUGAACUUAUGUCGUUACCAUCAAACCAUCCGUCAUUGGUAACUACGUAUGCUAAUAUUGGUUCAAUGUACAGCGAAAAAGACGACGAUAUUAAAGCGUUAGAAUGUUAUACAAAAGGACUUGAAGUUGAAUUGAAAUUGCCGGAACCACUUUGUCCAUCAUUAGGAGUCGCAUGUGUUAAUAUUGGGUCACUUUAUGAGCAAAAAGGUGUAUAUGAUAAAGGAUUAGAAUAUUAUGAAAGGGGAUUGAACAUUUUGUUGGAUUUAUUGGCACCGGAUGAUCCAUUGUUAGCAACUGUAUACUGUAAGUUGGGAUCGAUUUAUAAUGAGAUUACUGAAUUUGAUGAAGCUCUGAAGCAUUAUGGAAUAGCAUUAACAAUUAAGUCGAAACUAUUACCAGAAAAUCAUCCACUAUUAUUAGAAACCUAUUGUAAUAUUGCAUUCGUCUGCUAUAAGAAGUUGUGUGCGACAAAAAAUUGA